GGGUCUCGUAGCGGAAGUAACGUUGCCUUUCGUUCUUUGAGGCGCGUGGUGAAGACCGAAGCCGCCACAAACAGACUGCCCCAGGUCAUACUUCUGGUUGGCUGCAUGACGGUCACUGCUGUUUCUCCAAAGAACAACUCCAAAACAACAGCUGUAGUCUAAAGAUCAACUGACUGAGAGAAUUGAUAGGUUUUAUUACCCACCGACCGACCCACCCACCCCCGCACUGCAAGAACUCUAUUAUACAAAGAAAGAGACAGCCUCUCUUCCUCUCAGACACCUCCCCCUUCACCCUGUCACACCAUGAAUCAAGAGUUACUACAGAAGCUAUGGUUACCAGAUCUGGAUGAGAUCAGGCAGUACCUCAGCUCCUUUUCCACUCCGGUUCUCAUCAGUAUUGGUGCGGUUGCCAUAGCGUACUUCCUGGCGACCCACUCUAAGCCCCUCCCACCAGCCUGUGAUCUUCAAAAGCAAUCUGUAGAGGUGGAGGGAGGUCUGGCACGGCGCUCUGUGCUGUCUGAUGGAGAUGAGCCUCUGACACAUAUAUACGAUGAUGCCAAAACCAUGUAUGAGUUUUUCCUUAGAGGGGCUUGCGUUUCAAAUAAUGGUCCAUGUUUAGGCUUCCGAAAACCCAAGCAGCUGUAUGAAUGGCUCUCCUACAAAGAGGUUAUCCAGCGAAGUGAAAACCUAGGAUCUGCCUUUGUGUACAAAGGACACUCCAAAUCAAAGGACCCACACAUUGGAAUCUUCUCCCAAAACAAGCCAGAAUGGACUGUGACAGAGCUAGCCUGUUAUACAUACUCUCUGAUCUCAGUUCCACUUUAUGACACUUUGGGAACAGAAGCCAUCUCCUACAUCAUCGACAAAGCCUCCAUCUCCACAAUUGUGUGCGAUGUGGAGGAGAAAAUAAACCAGGUGCUGGAGUGUGUCAGCAACAAAACUCACUCUGUGAAAACCAUCAUCCUGAUGCAGGCACCCAGCGGUGACCUCAUCAGUAAGGGACAAGAUGCCGACAUUGAGAUCAUCAGUCUGCAGGAGAUGGAGGCAAUCGGCAAAGCAAAUCAUCAACCCCCAGUGCCCCCACAGCCUGAUGACAUGGCCCUCAUCUGUUUCACAAGUGGAACUACAGGGAACCCAAAGGGGGCGAUGUUGACACAUUGUAAUGUUGUGUCCAACUGCUCAGCUUUUAUCAAAACUACACGGAACUCUGUUCCCCUCUCUCCUAGUGACACGCACAUCUCAUACCUCCCUAUGGCUCACAUGUUCGAGAGAGUAGCCCAGGGUGUGAUGUUGGUGCAUGGAGCAAAGAUCGGCUUCUUUCAAGGAGACAUCCGGCUGCUGAUGGACGACGUUGCCACUUUAAAACCCUCUGUGUUUCCUGUGGUCCCCCGACUGCUCAACAGAAUGUAUGACAAGAUCUUUGGUCAGGCGAACUCUGCCCUGAAGCAGUGGGUUUUGGGAUUUGCUUACCGGCGAAAAGAGGCGGAACUUCAGAGGGGCCUCAUGAGGAGGGACAGUAUAUGGGACCACCUCAUCUUCAGAAAAGUCCAGGCCAGUAUGGGCGGGUGUGUGCGCCUCAUGUUGAUCGGAGCAGCUCCAGUGUCUCCCACAGUCCUCACCUUCAUCAGAGCGGCUAUGGGCUGCCAGUUUUAUGAAGGUUAUGGACAGACUGAGUGUACAGCUGGCUGCACUCUGACGAUGCCUGGGGACUGGUCUGCAGGUCAUGUUGGCUCUCCUCUUCCGUGUAACUAUGUGAAGCUUGUAGACUUUGUUGAGAUGAACUAUUGGGCAGCGAAUGGAGAAGGAGAGGUCUGUGUAAAAGGUGCCAAUGUGUUUAAAGGAUACCUGAAAGACCCAGAGAAAACUAAAGAGACAAUUGACGAAGAAGGCUGGGUUCACACUGGCGACAUCGGAAAAUGGCUUCCAAACGGCACAUUGAAGAUUUUGGACAGAAAGAAACACAUUUUUAAACUGUCUCAGGGAGAAUACAUCGCUCCAGAGAAGAUCGAAAACAUUUAUGUUCGAAGUAGCGCUUUGGCCCAAGUGUUCGUCCACGGCGACAGUCUGCAGUCCUGUUUAGUUGCUGUCGUGGUUCCGGACCCAGACUUCCUCUGUAACUGGACCAAGAGGACUCUGGGACUGGAGGGAACUUAUCUGGACUUAUGUAGUAGAAAGGAAGUCAAAGCAGUCAUUUUGGAGGAUAUGUUGCGAUUGGGCAAAGAAGGAGGUCUGAAAUCUUUUGAGCAGGUGAAGUUGAUUCAUGUUCACACGGAGCUGUUCACAAUUGAAAACGGGUUCCUAACUCCAACGAUGAAAGCGAAAAGAAACGAACUGCGUCAGUACUUCAGGGGUCAAAUCGACCAACUCUACACCCAAAUAAACCUGUAACCAACAACAUGGCUGCCAAAGAUCUCUCAAACAAGACCACAGGAAGCAACAAGAAAGGCUAUUUUUAACACUGAACCAAGGAGAAGGUGUUGGCUAAAUUAAAAGCUUUAGCUUUUUCCCAACAAUCAAAGCUGUAAUACAAAUGAAUUCAAAUGAAGGGCAUUAGAUAACUUUUCUGAGAGGAGCUUGUCUCCAUGGAAAUGGAGGGACAGGGACAAUCAGUGUACCUUAGCAAGUAUAUUCAGCUCAGAUUUUUAACCAUGCAUUACAACUUGUGGACGGAGAUUUUAAAGCAGUUAAGAAUAAGGCUAAAAGCAACCUGGUUACAGCCUACAGGAGUGCAAAAGGCUGUAUUGCAACCCCAUUUAAAAUUCUUUGCAACCUCAUUUGAGGCAUGUAAAAUCUUGACACUUAAUGGAAGCCUGGGGGAAACUAUAGAGCCAGGAGGAGCCACAAACACAGAGCUUUAUUUAUUUCCAUCUGUUUUUCCAUCUAAAGAAAACCAUACAUUACCUGAUAUAUUUUCUUCCAAAUAAUGGCUUGACAUUGCCUUUGCACCCUAUAAAAAGAAGUAAUUAAAGGAAUCCAUCAACAAGGCUAUUCUAAUCCUAAUGGUGCUGUACUAGUUAAUCUAUUUUAAAUAGGCCUUAUGCACAUAGUUUUACAUGGUGUUAAUUUGUGAAAUCUUGGUUUGAAUGAGUUUUAGUUUGUUGUUAGUUAUUAGUGCAUUGAGCCGUAUUGAAGAAACUAAAGACAAAAUUGAGUAGUGUCUUUCAAACCUCAACCAAUUACAGUUUUAUUUUUAAUGCUGUAACUUUAAGAUAAGAUGUCCAAUUAAAAUGUUUGCACUCAAUAGGUUCAGUAGUAACUUUUUACACAUCCGCCAAUGAUCAGAAAGCUCCUGCUCCAUUCAACUACAGGGAUAAAACUUAUUUAUUUAUAGGGCGAUACAAUGAGAUGAAGUGAAAUUAUUUUAAUGAACAAAACACAUUCACGUUAAAAUUUUAUGAAAUUACAUGUUUGAGGUUUUAUCAUAAUGUAAUAGAUAACUUGACUGUUUUUUAAUGAUUGUUGAUCUAAUUGUUUUUAAAAAAUGAAUUAAAUUGUUCACUCAACAU